AUGGUCUCUAUCGUUCUGGGUAGUCAAUGGGGAGAUGAAGGAAAGGGAAAGAUCACAGAUAUGCUGUCGCAGCAGGCGACAUUGUGCUGCCGUGCUGCCGGUGGUCACAACGCCGGUCACACUAUCGUUCACGAGAACGUAACUUACGACUUCCACAUCCUCCCCUCCGGUCUCGUCUCGCCCUCAUGUAUCAACCUCAUCGGCGCGGGAACCGUCGUCCACGUUCCUAGCUUCUUCAAGGAGCUCGGUCAGCUGGAAACCAAGGGUCUGACCUCCGCUGGCAAGCGCAUCUUCAUCUCUGACCGCGCACACGUCUGCUUCGAUCUCCACUCUGUCGUCGAUGGUCUCGAGGAGAAGGGUCUGGGUGGCCGCAAGGUCGGUACAACCGGUAAGGGUAUUGGACCCUGCUACAGUGACAAGGCCGCUCGUCGCGGUGUGCGCAUCGGAGAGAUUCUGGACGAGGUGACCUUUGAGCGUAAGCUCCGCACCCUGGAUACCUCUUACCGGGCCCGAUUCGGCGACUUGGCAUACGAUGUUGAGGAGGAGAUUGCACGAUUCAAGGAAUACCGCGUCAAGCUCCAACCUUACAUCAUUGACCAACUGGAGUUCCUGCAGCAACACGAGAACUCCCCUAACAUCCUUGUUGAAGGUGCUAACGCCCUGAUGCUGGAUCUCGACCACGGCACCUACCCCUUCGUUACCUCCUCCUCCACCGGCCUCGGAGGUGCUGUCCAAGCCCUGGCUCUGAACCCCCAAAAGAUUAAGAACGUCAUCGGUGUCCUGAAGGCCUACACCACCCGUGUUGGAUCCGGACCCUUCCCCUCUGAACAGCUCAACGCUGAGGGCGAGAAGCUGCAGAGCGUUGGACGUGAAUUCGGUGUUACAACCGGUCGUAAGCGUCGUUGUGGAUGGUUGGAUCUUGUGCUUGCACGAUACUCGCACGCUAUUAACCACUACACUGCUCUGAACCUUACCAAGUUGGAUAUUCUCGAUGACUUUGAUGAGAUCAAGGUUGGUGUCGCUUACAUCCUGCCAAAUGGAAAGCGCACCACAGGCUCUUUCCCUGCUGAUCCUAAUGUUGUGGAGAAGCUUGAGGUUGAGUAUGUUACUCUGCCUGGUUGGAAGAGUAACACUAUGGGUGUUACGAAGUACGAGGACUUGCCUCUUAACGCUCGCGCUUACAUUGAGUUCAUUGAGCGUGAGAUUGGUGGUGUUCCUAUCAAGUGGAUUGGAACUGGUCCUGCUCGGGAACAUAUGAUUGCCCGCGCGUAG